UAUUUACUGCAGCUGUGCACAAUGAAAGAUGUAUUUACCUUGUGUUUUAUUCCUCUAUGUCUUCAAAAGGAAGAGAGCACACCUGAGCGUCACAAAAAAAAAGAUCCUUGAUGAGCGAAUGUUGUUUCACGGCACAGAUCGUAGAAACAUUAAAUCGAUAUGUUCCUAUAAUUUUGAUUUGAGAUUAGCGGGAAGGAAUGGUGGUUCCUAUGGCAAAGGGAUUUAUUUUGCAAAACAUGCAAGUUUUGCAAAUUUAUACUGUCCAGUGGAGAUACAUAAUGGCACAAUUACCCUCAAGACCAUGAUUCUGGCCAGAGUGCUGGUUGCGGAGUUCACACAGGGUGACCCAUGGAUGUAUCGGGUCCCCUCUAAAGAACAGACCACGACAGAAUUCUAUGACAGCUGUGUAAACAUGGUAACAUACCCAAACAUCUUUGUGGUCUUUGACAGCAGCCAGAUAUACCCAGAAUACUUGAUUGAGUUCCAUUAGCGGUCACUCAGUUGCAUGUUGGCCUCUGUUCAGCCCAGUAACAAAUAGCGGAAUUUGUCUUUAAUGUAGAAUAAGGAAUUUAUGAAAAAG